AUGUUCGCACUGCGUGAUGAUCCAGAAUUUUUGUUUGUGGAUGAUGUUUCCGUAACUAACAGUUCAGGAAUUCAGCUCUUAUCGAACGGUAAUUUCGAACUGGGUACUCUUUCAGGAUGGACAUAUUGUAAUCCUGCCAAUGCAUCUUAUUCCGGUGCCGUUAGUUCGAUGGAUCCUCAUAAUGGUUCCUAUUCUUAUGCGGAUGGAUCAGUAGGUUUCAUGGACUAUUUGAGUCAAUCCUUUGCCGUUGUACCGAACAAUAUAUACUCUGUCACAUUCUGGCUUUCUGCGAAUUCCAAUAGUUCAACUUAUGCACUGGUUACCAUUGGCGCUUAA